AUGGAGCAUUAUGAGGACGACGAGGACACCCACUACUGCAUAAAGUGUCACGUCACGUUGACCGGGCUCGACAAUUACGUACGCCAUCGUCAGACAGGAUGUCGUCCGUCCGAGCCAAAGAACGAAGUGAUGUACCCAGAAAUCCUGAAUGCCGAUACGUUUUUCAAUUCGCUGGAGUUGCGGAGCAGUGUCAAGCCGAAAUCCAGUGGUAUCCAAGUGCUCGACGAUCGUGACAAGAAGUCGAGAGCUGACGACAAGCGUAAAAAAGGAAAGAGAUGUCAGGAGAUUGAGGAGGCAGCAUCCAAGGAGAAGCUGAUGACACUGUCGCCAGUAGUGACGGACUUGGACGAUCCGACGGAUCACAUUGGGAUUCCCUCGCUGGUGGGAUUCCCCGAUAUCGUAACUUUCACUGAGAAAUCGACAGCGGUGACGCCCAACAAAAUCACGCCCAAGCUACCGGACAAGAAGCGAAGCGAGGAUCAUCGGGUCUGGCUGAACGACGCGAUUCUGGAGGAAUUGGAUGGGAAUAAGGAAGCUGUGUCGCCUACGAAUGCACUUGAUAGUGAGGCUGAGUAUGAUUACAGACAUGAGGAUGAGUCGGAUGUGGAGAGUGACGAGGACGACUCUUACUCGGAGUACGAGGAGGAUGGGGAGUACCAUUCGCAGGCUCAUACGGGUGGCAAAUGGAAGCCGGAACAGCUGCUCCAGGAGAUAUCUCCGCAGAAUGAUGACGAUCUUGAGCAGGAGGAUUACAGGCCGGACAGCCCACCUUCGCAUACUGGGGGAAAGUGGAAGCCAACUGAGAAAGCCGACGAGGAUGAGCAAGCGAACAUAGACGAGGAGGAUGAUGACGAGGACGAGGAUGACGACGACGAGGAUGAGGACAAGGACAGGAGACAACCGCCGCCAGGUCACACCCGUGGAAAAUGGAUCCCAGGAGUUUCUGUCGUCACACCAGCCCCCAGCAGCGACACCAGUUUCUGGUGCACUCCAUGCGACAGAAGACUCGCCUCAAAGUUACUCUACAACAGACACUUGCGAUCCGAUCUCCACGCGAGAAGGACUAUCCAGGAAAUCGAGGGGGAUAUCAAGCUACCGAGAACCGUCGGCCCACUACUGAGAGGAAAAGCCCUGAGUAAACGACAACAAGCACUCGCCCUCAAAUCUUCGGAUAAGAAGAGAGCUUUGACUAAUAAACAACAGAGGACUAGACAGCGAGAAAAAUUGGUCCUGCGAUGCGAGAUGUGUCAGGCCCGUGUACGUCGCGUUCAGCUGGGUAAACACCUGCUCUCUCACUACCACUGUCGUGUUGCUGGAUUAAAUCCCAGCAGUUCCAUUGCACGUCGCUUUAUCCUGGAGAACAUGGACAACGUGGUGCGCCAGUGUCCAUUUCAGUGCAGUAGCUGUCGGUUUUAUUGUAAUACCGAGGAGACGUUCCUCCUGCACUGGCGAUCUGAGUUGCACAACAGUGUGGAGAACGACCCAAACAGCAGUCUGACGUGUGUCAGCUGCAACUUUUGGUGUGACAGCAAUGAAGCCAUGGAGGAGCAUCUUCUUGGUCUCGAGCAUCGUGAGGCAGUCGCCAUGAUCAACGGCUCGGUUCCUGUCGUCAUCCGUAGGCAGAGAACCCUAAUUUGUGACACUUGCAAUCGUCAUUUUCAGUACAACUUCCAACUCAGAAUUCACUCGAGGGAAACUGGACAUCCCCCGAGUGCAACGGCCACUGAUGACUACCAACAGAGGAUAGCUUGUAGGCACUGCGCCCAAGUUUUUAGGUCUCUAGUAGCCCUUCAGCGACAUCAACUGACCAGCCACACGUCCAAGGAUGGGGGAGAACUGCCGGCACCUUAUUUCUGCUCCUUCUGCUCGAUCAACUUUGAGACUGCUCGAGACGCUGUGUUACAUAGAAGAACCACUAGUCACAAGCAGACUGUCAAGGAGCACAAGUUUCGGGGAGUUGAGACGUCACAAAGGGAUUGCGGUCACUGUGGGGAGAGGGUGAGAGAUCUGGAGGCACUCAAGCUACAUUUGAUUCAAUCCCAUCACAAUCUUUGUCACAGAUGCUCCCAAUGUGGAUCAGUCUUCGCCCUCUCCCAAGACCUCGCAAGACACACCAAGAAGCAGGAGUGCAUUAAAGCACUGGAUCAAAAAUUGAGCUUCAAGGGUCAAAAAUGGAGGUGCACGAACUGUUCCCUGUUCAGCACAGACUCACAAUCGGAAUUCAUCUUUCAUCAGGUUCUCCACGCUGGGGUUGUGGAGGAAGAUCUUGAUGGACCGGGCACAAGCAAAGCAUCGGUCAAGUAUCGCUGCCUGCUGUGCGACAAAAUCCUGCCGAAGGAGUCCAUGAGGAAUCACAUCAGGAGGCACACGGGGGAGAGGCCCUUCUGCUGUUCGAAGUGUAACAAGUCCUUUUCGAGAAGAUCUAGCCUCAAUGUGCACGGAAAAGGAUGUGUGGCGAGGGCUCAGAAUCAGGACCAGGGGGUGAAGGUUCGAGAGAGGAAUUAUGUGUGCGCUGAGUGCAAUGAAGCCUUCUAUACAAAACACACACUUCGACAACACAUGCUCCGUCAUGCUGGCAAGAGCUACAAGUGCGGAGUUCCGGGCUGUCCAACUGUUCUCCGAACAGCGAAUGAACUCAAGAGCCAUCGCCGACUGAUCCACGAGACCGGUCCCAACGAUCGCAAGUUUUCGUGCAACGAGUGCAGUUAUGCAGCCAAAACUAGGACACAGCUACGUCGCCACCAAGAGAAACACAAAACCCCGCUGAACCAGGCCCAUUUAACCUGUCCAUAUAAAGACUGCACCUUCGCAACUCAACUCUCGUCACAUCUGAAGCGCCACAUUCGCGUACACACCGGCACAAAACCCUACAAGUGUCGCCACUGUCCCUACGCCAGCAAUAAUCUGGAGAAUCUGCGAAAACACGUAUUAUCGACGAGACGGCAUCCGGGGAAGAUGAUAUACGAGUGCGAGACUUGCUGCAGGAGUGGGCUGACUUAUACCACCAACUUCAGCAGAGAACUGCGCGCUCACUUGGUCGAGGAACAUCCCGAGACAUAUCCCACUGUGAAUCAUGCUAAUGAUUAUGUGUCAUCGAUAUUCAGUGCGGGAGAGCCAUGA